GCCGCGGUUUGAAAGCAGUCGCCCCCCGGGUUGGGUUUCUACAGAAUGGCGGUUUCGUAUCUGUCGCGUUUGCCCUGAGAUUAUAUCCCCUUCUCUUGGGGGGGAGAAGACGUCCAGCGGGGCUGUUGCUGGGCAGAAAACUCACCCCGUCGGCGAGAACUUCAAAAUGAGCUCCCGGGACGCGCUGAAGAGCGCGUCUGCUCUGGCGUCUUAUAACGUCCUGCUGCAGGUGGUGUUCCGUGUGCUGACCUUCCUGCUCAACGCUUUUACGCUGCGCUUCGUGUCCAAGGAGCUGAUCGGGGUGGUUAAUGUCAGGCUGACACUGCUGUACUCCACGCUGGUCUUCCUAUCCAGAGAAGCAUUCCGGAGGGCUUGUCUGAGCGGGGGCUCCGGUGCAGGCCGUAACUGGAGACAGGUGAUCAACCUGCUGUGGUUGACGUUACCGCUCGGCGUGUUAUGGGCACUCCUAUUGGUCUGCGUGUGGCUGUGGCUCCUGGAGGCCCCGGAUGCCCAGAUUAUCCCGCACUACGGUCCCGCUGUGGGAAUCUUUGCCUUGGCUGCAGUGCAGGAGCUGCUGGCUGAACCUCUCUGGGUCCUGGCCCAAGCCCACAUGUUUGUCAGAUUGAAAGUGGUAGCUGAGAGCUUAGCAAUGGUUGCUAAGUGCCUUCUAACUGUGGUCAUGGUGGUGUCUGCUCCUGACUGGGGCCUGUACAUCUUCUCGGCCGCUCAGUUUGUGUACACAGGGUUCUUGGUGCUCUGCUAUGUUGUCUUCUUCUGUCGUUUCCUGGGAUCUGAAGACGCCAACCAGAAGUGCUUCCCCCUGCGAGGUGUUGGAGAGCUGCUGCCCCACAGAGCUGACCAAGAGCCAUGGACUGACUGGACACUGACCAAGCUGACGUGGAGCUUCUUUAAGCAGUCCUUCCUGAAACAGAUUCUGACGGAAGGUGAGCGCUAUGUCAUGACCUUCCUGAACGUCCUCAGCUUUGGGGACCAGGGCGUUUAUGACAUUGUCAACAACCUGGGCUCCACGGUGGCACGUUUCCUCUUCCUGCCCAUCGAGGAAAGCUUCUAUGUCUUCUUUGCCAAAGUUCUGGAGAGAGGGCGCGAUGUCAGGAACCAGAAACAGGAGGAAGUUGCUAUUGCAGCAGAGGUCCUGGAGUGUCUGCUGAAAUUGGUACUCGUGAUUGGCCUGAUUGUCACAGUGUUUGGUUAUGCCUACUCCCACCUGGCUCUGGACAUCUACGGUGGCUCUCUUCUGAGCACCGGGACUGGGCCUACGUUGUUGCGAUGCUACAGUGCCUAUGUCCUCUUGCUGGCUGUCAAUGGUGUGACAGAGUGCUUUGUGUUUGCCGCCAUGAGUCAAGAGGAAGUAGACCGAUAUAACCUGGUGAUGCUGGGUCUGUCCGUGUCUUUCCUGGUCCUGUCCUACAUGCUGACAUGGUGGGCUGGGGGUGUCGGUUUCAUACUGGCCAACUGUCUCAACAUGGGCCUCCGCAUCCUGCACAGUCUCUUCUACAUACGGCGCUACUUCCAUUCCAGUCCAUGGAAGCCCCUGCGAGGCCUGUUGCCCUCCCGAGUCCUGCUGCUGGUACUCGUCCUCAGUGCGGUGGUCACGGCAUUCUCUGAGGGUAUGUUGUGCUGUGACAGUGGCUGGAUGCUGAAACUGGUCCACAUCUGCGUUGGAGGCGUGUGCCUGCUGAGUGUGCUUGUAACAGUUCUCCUCACAGAGACUCAGCUCGUUCAGUUUGUGAGGACUCAGCUCUUGCCCCAUUACAGAAAGAAGCACACGUGAAUCUCUCUGGACCCGAGCAGACUGAGCUGGACGCCACAACCUUCCCCUGCAUCUCACAUGGCGUGGCUAGACACUGGCAGCUGGCUGUUGUGUUGACAGCAGCCGGUUGUUGUGUUGACAGCAGCUGGUUGUGUCUCAAAUCCACAAGAGGACAAUGAUGUUAGGAAGAUCUCUUGCCCAUUUGUGGAUGUACAGUGCCUUGCAAAAGUGUUCGGCCCCCCUUGAGAGUCAUCACUAACU